GGUGUGAAUCGAGCGCUACUCGGAAGUGUUUUGCGGGCGGCAAUGAAGAAAUUGGCCCAGAAAGUGUGAAGACAUUCGAUUGAGUGGCCGAAGAGAGCGUGAAAAAAUAUGAUAGUGCGACAUUUAGUAGUUUUCUUGGCUGUUCUCGCGCUGGCGAAUACGCAAGCCAUUCCCGACUAUCUCUUGGCGUGCUACCGCGGAAACGAGACGCAGCCCUGGCUGCCCAACUCCCUGCCGCUCCUCAUUGAGUUGGUGAGGAAGAUUGAGGACGCCAGGCCGACGUCUCUGGACGCACGCACGCUCAGCGUUCAGAUCUUCCAUCAGCUGCGCUUCGAUGGGAUAGAAAAGGCGCCCGGCGUGCGCGAGACUGACUUCAUCACGCCGUUCGGAGUGACAGGAAUCAUGGCGCCGAAGAUGAGGAUUCUGCGACAGUUGAUUUCUCCGCCUCCGGGAGAGUCUGAGAUCCGGCAAAUCCUCUCUCAGUUUGACCUCUGCGCCCUCCAUCGGCUCAUCAGCUCCUCCGUGGAGCCAUUUGAGCGCGGCGAUGAGUCACGCACGUGUCCACUCAACUUGGCGACUCCUCAAGACAGGAUUCGAGCUCCCUGGAUCACCAGAAACAAGGCUCAAAAUGCAACAUCAGGAGCACGAAUUCAAUUCUCGCGGCCCGUGUCGCGAUGUCCUUUGGAAGCUGGAGUGGCUCAAACGCGGAACUACGGAACUCUGUCGCCGGGAGUCUUUAUUGCGGCCGUGGCGGCGGGUUUGCAGCCGCAGAAUGUGCGGAUUAGUGAAUUUGUGGCGGCUCAGAAGACCGCCAAGGAGCGAAUGUUCGAAAAUCUGGAGACUAUGGAUGAGAUCAAUGUUUCUGAGAAGGUCGGAAAGCUCCUCCAGUCGCUGGACUCCGUGGACAAUGCCUUCGCGGCGGGACUGGCGGGAGAUUUGGCGGAGGUUUGCGUGUAUCAGGGACCAUUCGUGGGCACUAAUGUGGCGGUGGGCGUUCCGGGCAAUUGGAAUGACACGUUCUUUCCCCGGCAGAAGUUCAUGGUUGAGGGCCAUGCUGGGCGUUGGGAGAUGACUCAAGCUGAGUUGAUUACGGGAAUUGAUGCGAUGUUCAUUUCGCAAGAAGUCACUUCGUGGGUCGAUCGAGUGAGGAGGAUUCGCUUAUCGCAACUGUUGGACAUGUACUACAGUCCAAGGGGAAUUCCCAGUUUGACCAUUGAAAGCACUGGCGGCAGAACGAAGGGACUCAAUCGAACAGGAGAGGAAGGCACUGGCAAUGAGAGACCCUUUGCGUCCACCGGCAGCAGCAUUCUCAGGGCAAUCUUCGACGAUCCCAGAGAAUGGGCUGAGGAUGUGCCUGAGCCGCUGCCGAUAAAUCCUGACAUAACAAAUGCUUGCGACAGAAGAGCAAUUGUCGAGCAGAUUAGCGGGGAAAAGCUGAAAGAGGAGACUUUCGCCUUCGCCCAGAUUCUUCAGUACACCACAAGCAGUUUGGGAGUCACGGACGAGCGACUCAGGCGUAGCUGCAAUGCGGCAGUGGAUAGAUUUUUCUCCGAAACCCCACUGAUUCUGGACAAUCUGCCACACUGCAAUCAGAUAGCGUCUGACGCGAGGAAACCCUCCAUGGACCUCUUUGUGAUUCUGGAUGGCACACGGAGGCAGUACGAAAACCUACAGCUGGUGAAUUACUUGACAGAGAUCUCAGAAGUGUCGACAUUUGGAUCGCGAAUGACGGUGAUUCACGGAGGAAGCGGAGUUGUCAUGGCAAAUCGAUCAAACAGCAUCAGCAAUACUUUUGAGCAAUUGAGGAACUUCACCGAUCCCUUUCCUCAGGGAUUGUCUCUGUCGCUGUCACUCCAGAGACUCCUGACGCUCCUAUCAGAGCAGACGGACGAGGAAAUUCGCCAAGGAGUUCACGUGGCGCGCUCUCAAGUGGCUCUGAUUUUCUCUCAGUCCCAGAGAAUCACAGUCAAUGACUUCCACAGCGCCCGGAGAAUCCUCCAGGGCUCACUGCAGAGAUUCCCUGAUCUCUAUUUCAUCUUCGUCACAUCACAUCCAGAGACCUUUGAGAGUCUUAUUCGACACAAUGUGACUCACACCACCGGAGCCAUCGAGAGAUUCACAAAUCUCAUCUAUCCCGAGCACUACACAAUCAUCAGAUCCAACAACGCCACCCCAUCGGACUUCAGCGAGCGCCUGGUGAAGGAGUUCCGGAAGAUCCCCAAGCGAAUGGUGGCCGCCAACUGUCUAAUGUCAGACGCGAACAGCACAGUUCCCUCGCACGAGUACUUCGAGAUCAGCCGGUAUCGCUUCGAGGACUACGUGGGACCCUAUCACGAGAUCAUCUACCGCAUCAGCCCCUUCUACUUCCGCUACUCCGAGUCGGUGAACGUUCAGUUCCUGGGCGUGGAUUACGGCGGGCUGACGGUGUGCGUUUCCCGAAGCGCCUCGACCGCUCCUGACCAGUGUCAGAGUCUCAGAGGCAUGGACACGGUGUGGUUCAAUCUCACCAGACCCUGUGGCAUUGACGUCUUCACUUGCCCGCCAAUCUUCUACUCAGUCAACGUGGACAUGUCCAGUGUUAGGUGUUCAGAAAAUGACUGCCGAUAUCCUGAUCAAGUGCGCUUUCACAUUCAACAUCAUGGAUUAACGUGCGAGAGGAGCUCCGGCCAAUUGCAUCGAGUGCACACUUUGGCUUUUUUACUGCCAAUCAUCGCAGUGUUGAUCAAGAAGCUCAACUAAGUGUCUAUUGUAUCAAUAUCCCCUUUGAUCUUGAGAGCAAACAGAUUUUUCUAUACGCUUUCACAUCCAGGAGUGUUUGAGUGGUUCGCAAACUGUUGCGCUUCGCACAGCGAAUGGAUGGGAAAACAAAAGUGGAACUCUCCAGGCACAACACAUCAUGUUCCCGGGGACAAAGAUAUGGGCGGGAAAAUGGAGGAGGACGAGCAUAACAGUGCCGAUAUACAUGCAAAAGAUAUGAGGAGGGCGAAGACAUUAAAAAUCGAUGAAAUAUUUAUUAAUUUUGCUCCGCUCUUCCGCGCCACCUUUGCACCGCGAGGCACCGUGGAAGGCACUCCUAUCGAUUUUCAUUCGUCAUUUUUCCGGCAUAACCCCCUCCACACCUUCCGUUCGCCACGCGGCAGACAAUAAAACACGAAAGCCACCACAUGAAAAGCGCGUUUAUUUACCGCCAAAAUGCACAAGAUAUGGCAGAUUAGGGCCGAAAAUAAAAUACCCCACAUGAUUUAUGCAGAGCGAGAGAGUGAAAUUUGGGACACCGAGGCUGAUCUUCGCUGGAAACUGUGUAACAUUUUAUUUUACCAGCAAACACACUGGGCUAAUCGCCACUUUUUUUCCCGCCAAAUUGGCUAUUUCACCUCUUUUCCGCCCAUUUGUGCUGCGACUUCCUCUUUCAUUGUUUGCAACAAUUUACAGGGGAGGAAAAAAAAAUGCGCAAAUAAAGCGAAAAUUACUAUGAGAGCUUUCACCAGGCGUCCCCAUCAAAUAGAUUAUUCAUUUAUGUGCAUGUUUUUCUAGCAGAGCCAGAUAGAAACUAGAUUUAAAAUAUGACGGAAGCCACUUUAACCAAUGCUCACCCCUUAAUUAUAAAUUGCCCAAGGGGAAGAUAAUAUGUUUGAAAGCUGUACACAACUUUCUGACACUUGCACAAUUUGCAUGGGGAAUCCUUAACACUUGAAUUGCUUAUAAAAAGACUAAAAUUGAAAUCUAACUAUAAUCUGACUAAAAUCUAUCCAAAAACGAAAUAAAAAUACACUAAAAAUCAACAAACAACUUUAAAAUUCACGUUUUCACACAAUAUUUUAUGAUUUUCUUCCGUAAAAUUGCAUUUUUCCGUAUUUUUUUAAAUUUCAAUUUUUUUUCAAUCAAAAC